AAGGAAUUUCUAGGAUUCGAGACACGAUCCUGAAUAAAACUUAGCAGGAUCCUUGAGAUUCAGGAUCCUGACAGAUCCUUUCAGGAUUUCUCAAGGAAUGAACAGGAUUGAGACUAGGGUUGUAAAACCCAAUCGAGUAUAAGAUAUAAUGGAUUCGGAUUCUGAUGAAACAUUGUCCGAUGAAAGUGAAACUACAAUUAGUUCAUAUGAACUUGAUAAUAGUAAUUCUGAAGAUAAGGAUUCAUUGAUUGAAGAACUCGAUUGAAAUUCAAUUGAUAAAUGAAAAUGGACAGUAUUGAAAAGAGUAUUAAUGGCACAGAGAAUUCUGAAAAACCGCAACUUUUAGCUAAUAUGCCAGAAGUUAUUUCAACUUAUCAUAGAUGUACUUAUUGUAGUGCAAAAGAAAGAGAAAAAAGAACGAAUGUAAUGUAUGCUUUUUGUUAUGUUUGUCUUUGUGUGAAAAAUUGUUUUUCAUUGUAUCAUCAAAAACUAUGUGUAUCGACAGUGAAAUGAGUAAAUAUGUAAUUACAUAAUCGCGCGAUUUUUUAUUGCAACUUAAUCACAGGUUUCAUAAUAUCAUCAGGCUACCUAAUACCAUGUUUUAUCAAAUUUAAAUUCGAUCGAAAAAAGUCAGGAGUCAAAGGGUUAAAACAUGGAAUGAAUUUCAAUAAAAUAUAUUUCCAUUGUUAUUAUAUCUUGUUACUUAUUUUCUCAAGAUCGUCUAUUUAUAUAUGCAAUUAAGUAAUAUGUUUAUAUAUAAAUUUUAACUAAAGACAGCAAUUAUUAAAGAUGAAUAACAACAUUAACUUUUAUUAAUUGAUGAAGUUUUUUUUAUCAAGUCUGUAAAUGGACGAACGGACAGACAUAUUGAUCAAUUCUAGUUCAUGUUGUAUUAUAAAUUCUUUGUGAUUUUGUUUUAUAUAUAUCCUAAAAGAUAAUAUUAAAAUUUACAUUCGUCAAAUAUCUAAAAUGACACAUCAUAAUCCAAUAGUGAUACUUUCAUUUGUAAAUAACUUUUAUAUUUAUUUAUUUUAAAUAAAUUUUCUAAUUUUCUAAACUAAGAUUAUCGAUUAGAUUUAAUAAUUUAAUAUUUGUUAUAAAUCAUGCAUUAAAAUAUCUUUCACCACUUGCCUAUGAUAUUAUUUAUUAUAGAAAUAUUACAUUUAUUAACAAUAUUAAUAUUAUUAAUAUAAUUAUCAUUAUAUAUUAAUAGAAAAAUUAUUCGUAAAAUUGUAAUAUCAAUACAAUAGUUUCAAAAUUUAUGUUUUUUAUUAAGUAAUAUAUUUAAAAUAUAUUCUAUUGAUUUUACGUCUCUUUUUUUAUUAUAGAUUUAUAUUUAUUAUAUGAAAUAAUAUUUAAAAUGAAUAGUGUUGAAACAUCAUCAAUAAUUACACAUGAACAAUUAGAAGUGUCAUCUGAUGAUGAAUUAUAA